UAAGCACGACAGUUCACAUCGAAUGCUCGAUAGGCUCGUUUCUAAAUGUUUCGGUUUUUGUUUUAAAUUUUUUUACGCAAUGUCUUAGGGUUUGCAGUUCCAAAUGAAGCUCUGCAUUCCUUAUCACCUAAUUGCACGUACUCUUUGAUCAUUGAAAAUUCGUUGUAAAAUUAGAAACAAUUUCACGUUUUAAGAUGCUGAAAAGAACGGCAUUGGCCUUGGGCAGAAGUGUGCAGGAAUGCCUUCGGGCAUGCAGAAUCGCGGUUCAGCCAAUCACCACCUUCCGCAGCAGCUGCAAUUAUAACGAGGAUCACGGACAUAACAAUUCGGACAAGUGUCUUCUGCAAUCGGUAUUCAAAAGACGGAACACAGAUGUUACACUGGACACGGAUGGCGCACGCUUGUGUGGCUGUAGGACCGACAACUUGUUUCUUAAGAAUUAUAUGGUCAUGGCUUAUGUGGCCGCUUGUAUGGGCGCCGAGAAAGUGCAGUUUGGACGGCAUCCCGUCUACAAUCAACCGAUCAAAAACGAUCAAUUUCCUUUCAGUUCCGGGCCCUUGUGCCACCAUUCGGCUUUUCAAGUCAUCGGUAGAAGUGUUCAUACCCAGAGAUCGGUGCCGAUUUCAUUGAAUAUUCAUGCAAAACCAUCAAGAAUCAUUAUUCCUAAGACAAAGGAGGAUAAUUCAGUCAUAGUGAUCAGGGAGGUGAAGCCAUUCAAGAACUAUAGUUCCCCAGCUCUGGACAAGGAUUUCAUUUACCAUCGGGAUCUGCAGAAGGCCAAUAAGAUACAGAAGGAUGCCAAAACAAGUAAGAAAGAACCCGAUGAUAAAGGGGACUUUCAAACCAUUUGGAUAAAUGCACAAUUCAAACGCCAAAAAGUGACCAUGGCAAAAUGUGGCAGCGAAGACAAGAAGGGAGCGCAGAAAAGCGGCAAAGAAUGCAAUAAAAACGAUAAAAAGGAGAAAAAGAAGGAAUCCAUUGACGACAUAUGUAAGAUAAGAAACGAUUGCUCGAAAAUGGCUAAGAAAAUCAGGGCCGAAAUGUUCCUCAAAAUGUGCCAGGCACGGGCCGAGAAGGUAAAGUGUGCUGGAAAGAAUACAGAUGAUGUUAAGGAAGAACUUCGAAAGAAAUGCAAAAAAGUGGUGGAAGCUUUAAAGAGCAAAAAGAAGGCCGAAGAAGAAAAGUGCAAGAAAAUGGCCGAAGAAGCAAAGAGGAAGAAAGGUGGACAGAAAGAAUACUUCAAGCAGCUGGCCGAAAAGUCAAAGUGCGAGAAGGAAAAACUCCAAAGCCAAGCGGCAGAGUUGAGGGCCAUGCAGAAGGCCUGCCAGGAAUUAGCCGACAAGAUCAAAUGCGCCAAGGAAGCCAAGAGAAAGGAGCUGAUACAAGCCUGCCAGGCGCUGGUCGAAAAGGAUCGAUGCGAGCAAUGGGCCAAAGAAAAGCAGCAGCAGCAGAGAGCCGAAAGCAAGGCAGGUGGCGACUCCUGUAAACAAAUCAAAAACGGCGGCAGUCCCAAAAGCAAAGCCAAUCUCGAAGCAGAGCAAUAUCUAAGGGAGCAAUGCAAGAGAUUGGCUGAACAGAACAGAUGCAUGAAAAUCCGGGAAAGGUACAAGCUGGAAAGAAGAGCAGCUGAGCUGAAGAAAAAAUGCGAGCUAGUGGCCCGAGAGAAGAAAUGGAGAAACCUGGUGAAACAGAGGAAGGCCAAGAAACAAGCGGAACUGGAGAAAUGCAAAAAGUACAAAAACACUCGAAGUAGGAAUGCAAAUCGAAGUUCGCCACGAAACGAGUGGCCCAAGAGAACACGAGCCAAGAACUGAAGGAAAUUUGGCAUGUGAAGAAUGUUCCAUACAAUACAAUAAUAAUGUCUACCUGAUUCUCUGAGUGCAAAAGAGAGCAUUAAAUGGAACGUUCCUCGUUUUUGGAUUUUAAAAUAA